AUGGUGGCCGAGCUGAAAGAGGAAGUAGAGAGGCUGAGGAGUGUCAGGGAGGAUUCCUGGCCUUCAAGUGAAGGCCAGGAUAAUGAGGAUAUAGACGAAAGUCCAUCCAGGGGGUUCCCUAGGGCGGAGGAGGACGCAGCGGGAGGAGCGCGCGGCCCGUCGGGCGAGACGCAUGCGCAGCGCCUCGCUGCGCCGGCCGGCUCCACAUUGGCGGAAGGGCGAGCGGAGAGCCGGCGGGAGAUGGACGGCGCCGGCAGGGAGGAGCUGGACAUGGAAGUAAUGAAGCCUUUAAUUGAUGAACAAAAUUCAGAUGGCAUCUCAGAUGAAGAGCAUGAAAAUGAUUUCCUGCCAGUUGAGAAGCAUUACCAGCUUGAUAAUGAAGAAGGCAUUACGUUUAUACAAACACUUACUCAUCUCCUCAAGGGAAACAUUGGAACUGGGCUUCUUGGUCUUCCACUUGCAAUAAAAAAUGCUGGCAUUGUGGUUGGACCAAUCAGCCUUGUGUUCAUAGGAGUUAUAUCUGUUCAUUGUAUGCACAUCUUGGUACGUUGCAGCCACUGUCUAUGUCAGAGGAUGAAAAAAUCCUCACUGGGGUAUAGCGAUACAGUUAGUUACGCCAUGGAAGUGGGGCCCCUGACUGCUCUUCAGAAACGAGCUUCUUGGGGACGGUAUAUUGUCGACUUUUUCCUGGUGAUAACACAGCUGGGAUUUUGUAGUGUUUACGUUGUGUUCUUGGCAGAAAAUGUGAAACAAGUCCAUGAAGGAUUCCUGGAAAACAAAACUGCUCCCAUAAACAUCAGUGCCACCAGCAGUUCUUCUGAGAAAAGGAGUAUUGAUUUACGAAUAUACAUGCUGUGUUUCCUGCCAUUCAUGAUCCUCCUGGUCUUUAUUCGUGACCUUAAGAGCCUGUCCUUGCUUUCAUUGCUUGCCAAUCUGUCCAUGGCUGUCAGCCUGGUGAUCAUUUACCAGUAUAUUGUUAGAGAUAUAGUAGAUCCUCAAAAACUGCCUCCUGUGGUUGGCUGGAAGAAAUACCCACUGUUUUUUGGGACUGCAAUAUUUGCUUUUGAAGGAAUCGGUGUGGUACUCCCAUUGGAAAACAGAAUGAAGGACACCACGCGUUUCCCACAGGCGCUGAAUAUUGGCAUGGGAAUAGUCAUGGCCUUGUAUAUCUCAUUAGCCACUUUAGGGUAUCUGCGCUUUGGGGAUGAAAUCAAAGGCAGCAUAACUUUAAACCUGCCACAGGAUAUAUGGUUGUAUCAGUCUGUAAAAAUUCUCUACUCCUUUGGGAUUUUUGUGACCUAUUCGAUUCAGUACUACGUCCCUGCGGAGAUUCUCAUUCCAGCUGUCACUUCCAAAGUGGAGCAUAAGUGGAAGUUACUCUGUGAGCUUGUGGCGAGAGCACUAUUAGUCUGCUCAACCUGUGCUGUAGCGGUUUUGAUCCCUCGCCUAGACCUGGUGAUUUCUUUCGUCGGUGCCGUCAGCAGCAGCACUCUAGCACUGAUUCUGCCACCUCUGGUUGAAAUCCUCACUUUCUACAAGGAAAACUUAAGUUUAUGGACAAUAUUCAAAGACGUUUUUAUAGCUGUCAUUGGAGUUGUUGGAUUUUUAACAGGGACAUAUGUGACGGUUGAAGAAAUCAUUUAUCCUGCAUCUACAAUUCUAGCUAAUGCAACAGAGAGCAUCUUUGCGGAUUUAAAUACUACAACUGGGUCGUUGGUUUAA